AUGGCUAGUUUUGUUGGCACCUAUAUGGAACGCGAAGCCCAGGAUUUACUCGUUGAGAACAUGAGUAAGAACCUCGCGGACGCUGACGAGUAUCCUGCCCUAAUGGAUAUCCACGCGCGGUGCAUUUCAAUGAUUGCAAACAUGUGGCAUCCACAGCCUGGUGAGCAUCCCAUUGGAACGGCCACAACAGGAUCAUCAGAGGCAAUCCAGCUUGGUGGUUUGGCUAUGAAGCGACGAUGGCAAGAAAAGCGCAAAGCCGAAGGAAAGGAUGCAUCAAAGCCUAAUAUAAUCAUGGGAGCAAAUGCACAGGUAGCAUUAUUGAAAUUUGCGAGGUAUUUCGAUGUUGAGGCCCGGAUACUCGACGUGUGUGAGGAGAGUCACUACCGGCUUGAUCCAAAGGAGGUCAAGAAAAAUGUGGAUGAGAACACUAUUGGCAUAUUUGUCAUUUUGGGCAGUACCUAUACCGGCCAUUACGAGCCUGUAGAGGAGAUCUCCAACAUCCUAGAUGAAGUGGAAAAGGAACAUGGAUGGGAUAUACCGAUCCACGUUGAUGGGGCCAGUGGUGGCUUUAUCGCUCCAUUUACGCACGCUGGGGCUGGUGGCCCUAAAUGGGAUUUCAACUUGCCGCGUGUGCACUCAAUCAACGUAUCAGGCCAUAAAUUCGGCCUCGUAUAUGUGGGAUUAGGAUGGGUUAUUUGGCGCGAUCGCCAGUAUCUGCCUAAGGACCUCAUUUUUCAACUGCACUACCUGGGGGGCACAGAAGAAUCGUUCGCAUUGAAUUUCUCUCGUCCUGGGCUGCAGGUAAUCGGCCAAUAUUACAAUAUCAUUCGCCUUGGAUUUGACGGGUACCGGGAAGUGAUGGAAAACUGUCUCCGAAACGCACGGCUCUUGAGUAAGGCGCUUGAAAGAACGGGCUGGUAUGUCUGUGUCAGCGACAUCCACCGCAAGAAAGGCGAGUAUGAAUUCCGUGGCGUGGGCGGUGUCCAGCCGUACCACGAAGGGGAGACAUCGGCAGAUUACAACGAAGGUUUACCUGUCGUCGCAUUUCGGUUUUCCGAUCAAUUCAAAAACGACUUCCCGGACGUCAAACAAGAGUCAAUUAGUUUGCUGCUGAGAGCAAAGCAAUAUAUCAUCCCCAUUACGGAGCGGGUGAUGGCUUCUGAGCCGAUAGAUCUGGCAGCGCUGCAGGGCAAGCCGACAUCACUCGCACGGCGCCAGGGAAAACCAGAGGCCAAACCCCUGAAGAAAGUCACAAGAGCCAAAGCCGGAGAAGGAACGCACCAUCCCAUGGCAAAGGGUGGCCAUCGCUCGGUCUGUUGA